AUGGCGGGGCUGUCUCACUUGGUGCUCCGCUUCUCGGGGACUGCGGGUCGCAGCUACGGAGUGUUUUCUAAAGGCUUGACCAGGACGCUGAUGAUCUUCUUCCACCUGGCCUGGAGACUGAGAAUUAGGUUCCCUUACAUCUACCUGGUCGCCUCCAUGAUGUUCAACGUCAGACUGCAGGUACACAUUGAGAUCCACUGAGGGGCUCGAUGACUUCGCCCAGACUGAACGCCAAGCGUCAUCUCUUCCGUCUCGAUGAGGACGAUGACUGCGCUCGCACUGCCAGCCAGGUGACGAAGGCACCUCAGACCUUUUACUCGGGCCUUCAGGCCAAAAGUCCAGUGCCUUUUGCAGGGGGGGAGGAAGGCAGCGUCGGGCCGGCGUGAGAGGGGUGGGGGGGGGGAUGGUAAUGUUGAAGAUUCAGGAGCUGCUCAAGUUUUUUGCCCCCCCCCAGCAUGACACACUGCCUUUUGUCCAUAACAUGUAUAUGUCCUGCAGUCAAAUAUCUAUGGACUCUCUCAGUACAACGCCAUAAAUGCAAUGUCUGCACUAGCAUGACUUAUUUUUUUUUACUUGAAUUGAGGUUAUGUAGCUGUAGAGGCAAGUACAUCGGCUACCUCGCCCGAGCGCCCCCUACUGGAAGCUUUCAGUGAAGGAAAGGCAGCAUGUUGUGGUCACACUCGCUGUUGUUGUUCUCCAUGUCAUCUGUACUGGAAAUUGGCAUUCACAAACAUAAUAACGUGCGGUUUUUUUUGUCGUUAAGUGUUAUUUCUGUGAGUGUUUGUAAGGAUGAGGUGGAAAAAAAUGAAGAAUGAAUUUGUAAAGCAAUAAAUUCAUGAAAUCAACCAACUCUAGCUCAUUUAAAAAAAACUAAUGAUCCUAUCUUCUAACCAUUUUCUUUUUACCUUUUAACCUCAUUAGAGUGGCAGGUAAGAUGGAGUCUAUGCCUUUGAG